CGGCGGCGGCGGCUCCUGGUAACGGUGCGUCUGAACCACCAUGACCAUCCCUCAGCUCCUCCUCUGCCUGUCUCUCUCCAUGCUCUGCAUCUCCAGCAAACCCACCGAAAAGAAGGACCGGGUUCACCACGACCCGCAGCUCAGCGACAAGGUCCACGACGACGCGCAGAACUUCGACUACGACCACGACGCUUUCCUCGGCGCGGACGAGGCCAAAACCUUUGAUCAGCUCACGCCGGAGGAGAGCAAGGAGAGACUCGGAAUGAUUGUAGAUAAGAUAGACACGGAUAAGGAUGGGUUUGUGACGGAGGGGGAGCUGAAAGCCUGGAUUAAGAAGGCCCAGAAGAAAUACGUGUAUGACAGUGUCGAACGCCAGUGGCAGGAGUUUGACAUGAACCAAGAUGGAUUUAUCUCCUGGGAUGAGUACAGAAACGUGACAUAUGGCACUUACCUCGAUGACCCGGACCCCGAUGACGGAUUUAAUUACAAACAAAUGAUGGUGCGAGAUGAACGGCGCUUCAAGAUGGCUGACAAGGAUGGAGACUUGACCGCCACCAAAGAAGAGUUCACCGCCUUUCUGCACCCCGAAGAGUACGAUUACAUGAAAGACAUCGUCGUACAGGAGACCAUGGAGGACAUCGACAAGAACGGGGACGGCUUCAUCGACCUGGAGGAGUACAUAGGUGACAUGUACAGCCACGACGGGGACGCCGACGAACCCGAGUGGGUGAAGACGGAGCGGGAGCAAUUCGUGGAGUUCAGAGACAAGAACCGCGACGGCAAAAUGGACAAGGACGAAACCAAAGAUUGGAUCCUCCCUUCGGAUUACGACCACGCCGAGGCCGAAGCGCGGCACCUCGUCUACGAAUCCGACCAGAACAAGGACGGCAAGCUGACCAAAGAGGAGAUCGUGGAGAAGUACGACUUGUUCGUGGGGAGCCAGGCCACAGACUUCGGGGAGGCCUUGGUGCGACACGACGAGUUUUAAGAGCUGUGUACAGAGGAAGCCGUUUCUCAAAUAAUUUAUUUUUUACCGUUUCUGGGAUUAUCGUAAGAAACAUUUUUCGCUACUGAGACUGUUAUUUCAGGCGAUGAGGUGAAACAACAACAAAAAUCGCUCUUCCCGUCCUCUUAUUUUUUUUUUUCCCCCUUCUUCCCCGAGGGAUGGGGACUCGCUCUUCCGAAAACCACCUCUCCUUACGGCACGUUGGGCGUUUUUUGGGUUUGUUUUUUUUUUUUUUUUAGAUUUACACGUUGUUUUACGGUCUUAACGAGUUCUUGUUUAUUUUUGUAUUCCUUUUUGGUUCCACGUCAAGCGAAGAAACGCGUAUCCCGACCGGUGAAGGGCAGAGCAGCGGGAACGCUUCUCCCCUUGCCCUGCCUCCCUCUCUUCCCUUUGAUUUAUUUUUUUUUUGGUAUGUACUCAGUCUUUUAUUUUAAAAAAUAAAAAAAUUAAGGGGAAAAAAAACCCCUAGAACAAGCCAGAGAACAAUAGGGCCAAAAGGAAAAAUAAAACGAGAGGUUGAGUCAUGCUUGUUUUAGACCGGGCUUUGCAAAUCCAACCACGCAUCCUCGCUCCCGCCGGGAGUCCUGCUCAGCUCCUCGCCCGCUCCCUGCCCCUCCGCCGGCGCUUUUCCUGGCUUCUCCGGGAGGAGCUGGAUUUGCAAACCCUCUCCCAAACGGCAGCGAGGCUCGGCCCGUCCUCCUCCCGUCAGGAAUUGGGCUUCACUCCUUCCCCCAGCCCAAUUGACGAGCCCGUUAAUGGAUCGGGUGCCGGAAAAGCGCCGGCAGUACAAAGCCGGUGGCGUCGGUUCCUUCCCCAUCAAGACAUUUUCCCGCUUUCCGCAGCUGCGGCCGUCGCACAAAGUGCCUUUAAUCCACCCAAAAACGCUGCGAAGGAGGAGCGGGCUGGGGGGAGCCACGCUCGCCCCCCUCCCCUCCCAUGAAUUUGCUCUUUCUCGAUUCUUACUAAUAAUAUUAUUAUUAUUUUUUAAUUUUGGGGGUUUUUUUUAACCCUGCAUUCCCCGCUCGCCCCAGGGCUGUCUCGCUUCCCUCUCGCCACCCCAUCACC